AUGGGGUGCGGAGGGUCAAGGCAGAAGUAUGUCGCCAAGGCGCCGCAAGCUGGGAGCAUCUUGAGGGAAGAGAUGGUAGAGGCACCUCGGUUUUUGAAGAGCACCUCCCAAAUGGACUUAUGUGUGAAUGGGGAGCCUUCAACCAGAAUCAACUCUGCUGCCCAGCUCCGAAAUUACUUCCAGAAGGACUACAAGAAUGGUGGGGCUUUUGAUCACCAAGAAUAUGACUUUGAUGUAGCUGAUUGGUGUUGGGUCCACAAAGGCCUCAAGAUCAAGGUAUGGGCAGAUGCUCUUGAUCUGACCCAAGCUGGGGGAGAUGGUGAUGUGGAAUGCUACUUUCACUGUACAACACAGCUCGGGUUUCGGAACAUCACGCAUGAAAGCAAAGCUGCCGUGGAAGUGUUCGCCUCUCUCAUCACAAGUGGUGAAAAGGCCAAUGCGUGGUGGGGAAAAGGCGUAUACAGUGUACGGAAGGCACCUGAUGAAUGGCCAAGCGUGGAGACGCUGCUGGACAACAACUAUCGCAAUAUGCUCAAGCGAGAUAUCGAUCUGAAAGGUCGUGAUGCGGCAAUCCAGGACUACCGUUCGAGGGUGGAGUAUUGCAUUCCAAUCCUUGUCAAUGCAUCUGUAGCCUACGACGUCUCCGAACGACCUACACCGGAAAUGGUGGAGCAGGGGAAGCCUGCUGGUGUGAACCUCGCUGGAAAGCUCCUGAAUGAAGCCGGAAAGCCACCGCGGGAAUGUAUCGUUGUGCGAGCGCAAGGGGAGGGCGAUAUUGGUAAUGCCAGAGCAGUGCUGGUGGAGACGCUUCGCUGCCAUGCUGAAGCCGCAGUCACCAGACGUGGCACUACGGAUGAAUAUACCCUCCAGGCAUUGAGCCGGCUGGCGGAGGUGCUCCGACACCGUGGCGACCUCGCGGAGGCCGAGGCGCUGCGUCGCCGAGUCUUGGAGGCCGAAGAGGCGAAGCUGGGAGGGAAGCACCGGAACACCCUGACGGCGCUGAACAACCUCGCGGUCGUCCUAUGGCAGCAAGGCAAGUAUGAGGAGGCUGAAGCACUGUAUUGCAGAGCGCUAGAAGGAUAUGAGGCUCAAUUUGGAGCCAGGCACCCUGUGACCCUCACGUCGCUCAACAAUUUAGCGAAUCUGCUGGAGGAUCGGGGCAAGUACCAGGAGGCUGAACCACUUUAUCGCAAAGUGCUGGAAGGGAUGGAGGCUCAACUUGGAGCCCGGCAUCCUGAUACCCUCAUCUCUGUGAACAACUUGGGGGCGCUCUUGCUGGAUGGAGGGAAGGUGGACGAGUCGGAGGUGCUCUUGCGCCGAGCGGUGGAAGGUCUUGAAGCCCAGCUGGGCAGCCAACAUCCCGGCACACUCCGCUCGGUCUACCACUUGGCCCGUCUCCGCGUAGCGCAAGGGCGGCUGGAGGACGCCGAGUCGCACUUCCGCCGGGCGAUGGAGGGGCAAGUGGCCCAGCUGGGAGUCAGACAUCAGCAGACCCUGGACUCGAUCUCGCGUCUCGCGAACCUCUUGGAGGCGAAAGGCUCCAUGGAGGAGGCACAAGAGCUUCGCUCCAAGGGCAGUUGA